GUCGUUCACUCGUCACUCGUCAACAUGCCGUACAUCUCGCGACUGCCUUGGCGCAUUCAGCGGCGCAGCUACUGUUCCUUGCCGGCAGUCUUGGCUUCUCACGUCCUCUCGCAUCAUCUCGCAACUCACCACCCUCGGACCUCAGAUGCGAGUGUGCAGCGACAGCAGCGCGAGCAACCCGCCCACCCGAAUCACCCGAUCACCCGGCGUUACUCACUCCAUUCCCACACUGAUCACGCCGACUCUCACACUGCCCUGCCACUGACGGAAUGUGCGAGCGGGCCGCGCGAUUGGCUGGAGAUCAAGAUCCGAUCUCGCAACAAGAGGCUGUAGCUGGCACCGCUUGCACAGUGCUUCUGCGAUGUAGGCC